AUGACCACCCAGUUCUGCUCCCCAGCCUUCUCUUCUGGGUCUGUCAAGGGCCUCUGUGGCACAGCAGGUGGCAUCUCUCGGAUGUCCUCCAUCCGCUCUGUGGGCUCCUGCAGGAUCCCUACUUUUUCUGGUGCUAUGGGGUCUGCCUCCUCCACCAGGCUGGGCUUCUCUAGCCUUGGGAGCUGCUUGCCUGCCUCCUGCCUGUCCGCUGGCUGCCACCCCUCUGGCUUUGUUGGGAGCGGGGGGUGGUUCUGCGAGAGCUCCUUCAACGGCAGCGAGAAGGAGACCAUGCAGUUCCUGAAUGACCGCCUGGCCAACUACCUGGAGAAGGUGCGCCAGCUGGAGCGGGAGAACGCGGAGCUGGAGUGCCGCAUCCGGGAGUGGUAUGAGUCUCAGAGCCCGUACAUCUGCCCAGAUUACCAGUCCUACUUCAAGACCAUCGAGGAUCUUCAGCAGAAGAUCCUGCUGACGAAGGCUGAGAAUACCAGGCUGGUUCUGCAAAUUGACAACGCCAAGUUGGCUGCCGAUGACUUCCGGACCAAGUACGAGACGGAGCUGGGCUUGAGGCAGCUGGUGGAGGCCGACACCAGCAGCUUGCGCAGGAUGCUGGAUGAGCUGACCCUGUGCAAGGCUGACCUGGAGAUGCAGGUGGAGUCCCUGAAGGAGGAGCUGCUCUGUCUCAAGAAGAACCAUGAGGAGGAAGUCAAUGCACUCCGUUGCCAGAUCGGGGACCGACUGAAUGUGGAAGUGGAUGCUGCCCCACCAGUGGAUCUCAACAAGAUCCUGGACGAUAUGAGAUGCCAGUAUGAGGCCCUGGUGGAGAAUAACCGUAGAGAUGUGGAGACCUGGUUCAACACCCAGACUGAGGAGCUGAACCAGCAGGUGGUGUCCAGCUCUGAGCAGCUGCAGUGCUGCCAGACGGAGAUCAUCGAGCUGAGACGCACAGUCAAUGCCCUGGAGAUCGAGUUGCAGGCCCAGCACAGCAUGCGGAACUCCCUGGAGUCCACCCUGGCAGAGACGGAGGCCCGCUACAGCUCCCAGCUGGCCCAGAUGCAGUGCCUGAUCAGCAACGUGGAGGCCCAGCUGGCCGAGAUCCGCUGUGACCUGGAACGGCAGAAUCACGAGUACCAGGCCCUCCUGGACGUCAAGGCCCGGCUGGAGUCGGAGAUCGCUACCUACCGCCGGCUGCUGGAGGGAGAAGACUGCAGGCUGCCUGCUCACCCUUGUGCCACGGAAUGCAAGCCCGCCAUGAGAGUUCCUUACGUCGCGAGCAUGCCCUGCACGCUGGCUCCCCAGGUCAGCACCCAGGUCCGCACCAUCACCGAGGAGAUCAGAGAUAGGAAAGUCAUUUCCUCCAGGGAGCACAUGCAGCCUUGCCCAUUGUAA